UCUGCAUGGCAGUGUCCACUAGCGUCGACUCCGUGAGCAGAAGGUUCUGUUCACCGUUUGAGAGAAGGCGUAGAGGUUAUUUCGCAAUUUGGUUAUUUUAAACUAAAUUUUUUGUAAGAAAUGGCAGGUGCAGGUGACGCUGAUGAUGCGAAAUUCACAGGAUUGUCAAAAUAUUUUAAUAGCACGACAAAUCGAGGAAGAGCGAAUGUUGCAAUGGCAACGUACGGCUGUCUUGCAGUAAUUGGACUAUACUUUGCACUUAAACCAAAGAGCAAGAAAGAUGCUUAGUGCAGAAGCUCCUGCUGUUUGUGUGAGGUGUAUCCCUUAUGUAAUUGUUUAAUAGAUAUACUUUGUAAUGUAUUUCACGUUGUAUAAAGUAUAUCAUCAAAAUAGACUGAAACUGGAAUCGUACAUAUAACAAUUCUUGACUAGUAUGUUAGAUAUAACAAAAAUGAAGCUGCAUAUGAAUAAAAUAGAAGGGACAGGUCGAAUAA